AUGAACAUCGGGGCCCCCGGGGGCCUGGCCGUGGAGAAGGUGAAGGUCUUCGGCAGGCACAGCGGGGAGGUCAACUCCUCAGCCUUCUCUCCUAACGGAGACACGCUGCUCACCGCCUCCGAGGACGGCUGUGUGUAUGGCUGGGCCACGCAGAGUGGGAAGCUGCUCUGGAAACUGGACGGCCACACAGGUCCUGUGAAGUUUUGCCGCUUCUCCCCUGAUGGUCACCUUUUUGCCUCUACCUCCGGUGACCGGACCAUCCGCCUGUGGGACACAGCUGAAGCCAAGUGCCUAAGAGUCCUAGAGGGUCACCAGCGCAGCGUGGAGACAGUCAGCUUCAGCCCAGACUCAAAGCAGCUGGCAUCAGGUGGUUGGGACAAGCGGGUGACCCUCUGGGAGGUACAGUCUGGCCAGGUGCUGCGACACUUGCUAGGGCACAGAGACUCCAUCCGGAGCAGUGACUUUGCACCGAGCUCGAACCAUUUGGCCACAGGUGCUUGGGACUCAACCAUCUGCGUCUGGGACCUGAGAGCCCUAAGAGCCAUUGCUCAAGAGCUUGAGGGUCACCACGGCAACAUCAGCUGCCUUAACUACUCCCCCUCCAGCCUCCUGGCUUCAGGCUCCUGGGACAGGACCGUCUCCAUCUGGAAAACUUCCACCCCACGUCCAUCUGUUCAGCUCAAGGGCCACAUCUCCUGGGUGACCAGUGUAGCUUUCUCCCCUGAUGGGCUGCAGCUGGCCAGCGCAGACUCCCAUAAGGUCAAAAUCUGGGAUUGCAACACAGGAAAGUGCCUUGACACAAUAAAGGCAGUGCUGGAUGUGGCUCAUGCCUUUGCCUUCACCCCAAACGGGAAAAUCCUAGUGUCCGGGUCUGUCGAUGGCUGAUCAGGCAAAGCCCCAUC